UAAGGAGGAGAGAAGGAAGCAACCAACCAACCAAGUCACCCCCACCUCCCACCCCCACCCGCUCCGGACCUGGUUUACGGCUCAGGGCUCAGGCUUGAGUGCGGCCGCUGAUUGGUUACUGAGAGCUUGGUCCCAUCCCAGUGACCCCAAAGUGCUAGAGGGAGGGGGCGGGGGUGGCACAGUGCAAAGUGCAUCCCAAGACCCCUGUCGGGAGAGCUAGCGGCUGGCACUUCAGACCCUGUACGAGCUGGGACCUUGCUGUCCGGAGACCUCCUGAGUCCCUCCCUAGCUGGAAGCCUCCGGCCCGGAGCGCCGCAGUCCCCUGCUCGGAGCCCCUGGACUGGGACUCCCCCCCACCCCCAGGCGGGACUUCCUCCCUGCACCCUGCCCCGAGGCUGCCCGGCAGCCCGGACCGCCACCCUCGACCUCUCCACUGUCCUGAUGCUCUCUCACUUGGGGCCGUGAGACACCGAGGAAGAUCGAGAACACCCGAGUCUGGCCCUGCCCGGAGUGUUUCUUCAAUGGAGAAGUUGGUGAGUGUGGAGGAGGCUGAAAGGAGGAAGAGGAGCAGCAGCUGAGGACCCAGGGCUGAGCCUCCAGGGAAGACACUCGAGAGCCGGAAGGGUCUGCCCACCCACCCGCGAGGCAGCGAGCCCAGUGCCUCGGAGCAGCAUCCUCUAUCCAGGUGAAGAAGCUCUUUGGCUCUGCGGCCUGAACACACCCAGAACCCCCUCCCCAUGAUGAGCGUGCACCAUGGUUGUUAGGCAGUGCAUAUCCCAGGAGAAGGCGCCCUCUUCUGUAAGCUUGAUCCCUGGGACCUAAUGAAACCUUGGUAAGAAGUGGACUCCGCUAGGAUGUUACACCACCAUUGUCGGAGGAAUCCUGAACUGCAGGAAGAGUUGCAGAUUCAGGCUGCGGUGGCCGCCGGAGAUGUUCACACCGUGCGGAAGAUGCUAGAGCAGGGCUAUUCUCCAAAUGGCCGAGACGCUAAUGGCUGGACCCUGCUUCAUUUCUCUGCAGCGAGAGGAAAGGAAAGAUGUGUCCGAGUAUUUCUAGAACACGGAGCUGACCCCACAGUAAAGGACUUAAUCGGUGGCUUCACAGCCCUCCACUACGCAGCCAUGCACGGCCGGGCCAGGAUCGCUCGCUUGAUGCUGGAGUCAGAGUACAGGAGCGACAUCAUUAACGCGAAAAGCAAUGACGGCUGGACUCCCCUGCACGUGGCUGCACACUACGGCAGGGACUCCUUCGUGCGGCUCCUCCUAGAGUUCAAGGCUGAGGUUGACCCCCUCAGCGAUAAAGGUACAACCCCACUUCAGCUCGCCAUCAUCCGAGAGAGGUCAAGCUGUGUGAAAAUCCUCCUGGACCACAACGCCAACAUCGACAUUCAGAAUGGCUUCCUGUUGCGCUACGCCGUGAUCAAAAGCAACCACUCCUACUGUCGGAUGUUCCUUCAGCGGGGGGCAGACACAAACUUGGGGCGCUUAGAAGACGGGCAGACGCCUUUACACUUGUCUGCCCUUCGGGAUGAUGUGCUCUGCGCACGGAUGUUGUAUAACUACGGAGCGGACACGAACACGAGGAACUAUGAAGGUCAGACGCCACUGGCUGUUUCAAUAAGUAUUUCCGGAAGUAGUCGACCUUGUUUGGAUUUCUUACAAGACGUCACAAGACAGCCCAGAAACUUGCAGGACCUGUGCCGAAUUAAAAUUCGACAAUGUAUAGGCCUUCAGAAUCUAAAGCUACUUGAUGAACUCCCAAUUGCCAAGGUCAUGAAAGACUACUUAAAACACAAAUUUGAUGAUAUCUGAUAUACCAGGACUCCAAGCAAGUUAUAUUCCAGAUACUUAACAGGCAUUUCGCCUUGCACAAAGUAUAUCCUAUGCAAUUUCUGAUUUGCUGUGAAGUCAGAAAGCAGGUAUACACUUUUAGGUUUUUUUGUUUGGUUGGUUGGUUUUCAUUGUAGGGGAGGGAUUUUUUAUAUAUAUAAACACACACCACAUGCUUGAAGGUCUUAAUUUGGUUUCUUGGUCCAAGUUUAAAAGGUCCAAGCUUUCUAUACAAUACUGCAUUUAGAAAAAAAAAUUUCCUAAAUGACACAAGCAGGUUUGGAGUGAAGAACUUAGCCUUUCCAAAGUUACACUUUCAUUGGUGAGCAUGGUACUAGGAGCCAGCAGAACACUCAUUACAGUUUGGAGUCCAGUUGCAGCCAGAGGGUGCUGGGUUACACUCAAAAAUGCCCUGAGAAAAGAUUUAAAGGAAUGCUGGCACCUCACUUACUUUUAAUGAGUACAAAUUGGCUAAUUCAAACUGUUCUUUCUUUUUUUUUUUUCCUAAUUAAUACAACUUUUGAAGACAAAUCCAGUACGUCUGUAUUCUUUUGGGUGUGCUCUUGUUUUUGACUUAGUUUUUGUAACAGCUGUAGGACACUACCCCAAGACACUGUCUCAGCUUUUGUCUGUAGUUGAAUUGUGCUUUAAAAAAAAAAAAAAAUUGGAAAGAAAAUAACUGUAUAAAGCCAGUAUAUUCUGUUUUUAAAACAGCACCUCUAGUGCAAUACUUUUUCUGGUCUAUUCUACCCAUUGUUUUCCUGUCUGCCAUUCCACAGCUGGCUUUGAGAUCCCUGGGAGAACGGGAACCACCACUUCAAUUUUCAUUGCAGACCUGUAGCACUUCCGUUGCAAUUUCAUUUUCAGUUUUUUCAAUUUCACUUUAAGUAGCAAAUUUUCUAUCCUCAUGGUAGAAUAUCCCCCCAAAACAGCCCAAACUACUGUUAAAUCAUUUGGUUUUAAUGGUUAAAUUGAAGGGGGGAUUUUUUUCUUCUUGGUUUUUAAAUAAAAAUACUUUAAGGGUAAAUCUCUAAAUGGGUGCACAUUGUAAUUCCUAAUAUGCUAAUUGAACAUUUCCUGCUGUUUUAAGGUCAUGUACAGUGAAGCUUUUAAGAACAGUUGUUUUGUUUUGUGGGUCGCUGGGACAUACGCGUGCAGAGUAAACCUGGGUCUGAUACAGUAGCGGUGGAAAGAUCCCAGUGGCACUAGGCGUCUGGGACGAUGCCACCAGGAAGGAGUUCUCUGCUUCAUUUGUCAUUAUGUGGGUUUCCGAAGAACCUUCUUAAAUGUCCCAGAAUCAUUCUUUGUGCUUUGGGAAACUUCAUAAUAUUUACAUGCUGUUAAUAAAUUUGUUAACUGAAGUUUACAAGAUGAAGGGCUUCUCUUGUCUGAAUUUCUAGUUUUAAGUCCUAAAGUAUAAGCAUCUUUUCCUAAAAGUAUAACUAAGCAGAAUUAGAAGCGCCCUCACCCCCAGCUGGCCGUGCCCCUGUGCAGCCCCAAGUUUGCUCUUGUUGCUGCGGAGUAGCCCCGGCCUCACGAUAUGCGAUCUGCUUGUGCCUGGGCAGUGUGUAGGUUUCUGAUGAGUGGACAACUACAGACAAACAGAAUUAUUUGGGGAGUCGCUCACCUGGCCCACUGGCUGGCUGUUCCCAGCCAGGUAGUACAUGGCCAGUGCCAUUAGCAUCCUUUCCUGAGGCUGGAGCCCGACAGCUAGUAAGGGGUAAUCCCAGCCUUUCCUUACAACUAUGUCUCCCAGACAGUCCCUAGCGAAGACAGUUGCUAAACCCAAUUUCUUAUCCUUCACUACCCAGCCCAGGGAUGAGGCGCCUUACCAGUUGUCACAUGUCCAGAGAUGGGCUGAGCCUUCCUUCUGAGGUGCCAGGCCCGGGAAGGUGAGGCAGGAGGUACCCGGGCUCUGGCCCUCUGAGAAGUCAUGGUCGUCUUCCAUUUGCGCAGGGCUUGUGUGUGUCUUCGUCUAUUUAGGAGGCUUAAAAUGACAAUUCUCAUCCCAGCCAUACAGAGGUUUCCAAGCUAAGUAGCUGAAUUUGAGUCAGGGAAUUCCAAGUAAAAACUGCAGAUGAAGGUAAAUUCUUUGUUCUGCGUUGCUGCUGUGACUUGAGAAAGAAAAAAAAAAGAACCUAUGAGAGCUCUUUCUGGAAUUGAAAUUUCUAUUUAAUGAAGAAGUAUAUAAUUCCAUUAUUUAUUUUUUGAGGUUUGAUUUAUCUGGAAGCUUACAAAGAAUGUCUUUAUGUUUUUUAAUAAAAUCCCAAUCACAUAUCAUAUAGAACAGUAACCGAAGCGCCUCGUAGUUGGUAAUGGGGGGGUGUGGCGGUGAAACUCGAGUCUGCACUUGAAUCUGAUUGGCUGAGAAGCAUUCCACAGCCGCAACAGGAGUAGGAAGAACGGAUUAUCUUCAGAAAAUCAACUGAUCAGUUUCUCCAGACUCUUACCUAAAACGUUCAGCAGAUUAAUCAAAUUUGUCACUGACUUUUGUGUUUCUUUUCCAAUUUAUUGUUUAAGACUAUUGCUAAAUCUUUAUAAAACUAUAUUUGGCAAAUACACCAAAGAAACCAGCUCAUAAAAGAUUAUGAUCAUUAAUGAACUGCAAACCUCAUCUUUUGAAAACAAGUCUCUCUCUUUUUUUUUUUUUUUGUAAAUAUUUGUGUUUAUAAGUGUACAGCAGAGUAAGAGUGUUUUUUAGGUUAUUUAAUUCCCAUUUUUCUAAACUAUUUACUACAGAAUAACCCAUGCUUGUUAGUUUGAAGGACUAAACUUUUAUUUCUUAAUUCAUUGUUAGUCAUGCUUAGAACAGCAUUUCCGCUAGCGAAGUCAGCGUUCUGGAGUGCACAUCGGGAGCACAAGGGAAUCUGGCGUGGCUUGUCAGGUGCACACCCCGAGACGAGAAUGUGUAGCAUACUCACCAGAGUGGACCAUAUGAAACCGAGACUAGCUUCCCUGCAGAGUGGCUCAGUAGCUGGGGAUGUCACUGGGGGAGGCCCUUUGCCCACAAACUUAGUGCUCCUGUGUCUCCCAGUAUUAUAAUGUGCUUCCGUUCUUCCUUUGUAAUGUAAAUUUUGCUUUGGGUCAAUUUGAAUUA